UUGCGAUGAUGCUUCUCUUCGUUUGUCUCUUGUGCCUCCCACUGUCGGUUCUCGGUGAUGACCGAGACGCCCACCUGUAUAGAGUGGACAUCUAUAUGCCUCCCGAGAAGGGAAGGGACGAGACGGCGGAGAUACGUCAGAUUAAUGACAAAGUGAACGAUCUUACUGACAUCAAGGUUCUGUUUUCAUUUAAGGAGCUCGGCAAUACAAGAAUUGUUCUCGUUCUUGACGUUGAGGAACCAGGAAGUUGGUCACAGUUGAUGGGUUUCCUGUCAAGGAAAGGGUACGACUUCAGCGCCGUGUCCCUCUACCCCUGCGGUGUCUUCGCCGAUGACCUUGGUGUCACCGUGCCCGAGGAAAUGUGA